UCCGUGUUGUGUAGGUGCUGUCUCGACUGCAGCUGCAAAACAACAGAAAGACAGAAGACGUUUGAGAAGCUACGCGAGUAGAACCUUUGUGGCAACUAGCUGCACUGUUAACAGAAUGCUAACACGUUUUACUGAUCCUUAAACUGGGGGAGAGAGACGCAGAAACUCACAAACAGGAGAAACAAGGAGACAAACAAACAACGCGCUAGCUGUCUGGUUGACAGGUAACGCUGCGAUUUCAGCGGCCAAGACACACAAGAGAACUGUUUAAAAACAGCAAUGAUUGUAAUGCCUCAGUGAGUUUUCAAAACACACGCAAACACACUCGCUUUACACAACGCAAUGUCGGGCCCGCCCGGAGAACGCAAGAAGGAUCCCACCACUAAACGCUUGGUGUUGCUGUGCGGUUCAUGCCCUGAGCCCGCAUGCCAGGCGCGUCUGUUCUUCCCCGCGGGCGUCAACGCGGGCGUCGAGUGCACCGAGUGCGGCCAGCGGAACGACGCGAGCGCGCUUCUGCGCGUCGAAGAGGUGACGUCCAGCGCGGACGCCGUGGACUCGCAUGCGGUGCUGCUGCACAACUUGCUGCGACACGCGUUGCUGGGCGUCACCGCGUCUGCGUCACCCGGCGCGUCUGCUGCUGCUGCGUCUACGGCCGCGGGCGUCAAGAAGGGCGUCGGCGUAGGCAACGCGGAGCAGUGCGUCAAAGUCGGAGGGCUGUCGAAUUAUCACUGCAAACUGCUGGCGCCCAUCCUGACGCGCUAUGGAAUGGACAAGAGGACAGGGAGGGCCAAACUACUCAGCGAGAUGAACAGAGAGACAGGUGGCGCCGGUGACACGUUUGACUGUGCGCUGCUGGCUGACCGGGCCUUCCUCAUCUCCACGGAGCACCUGUCCACCCCCGGCUACGGCCUGGACCGCUCGGGGAGCCUGGCGUACCUGCGAGACACCCUGGAGGAGAUCCGCGCCGCCAACCACGGCAAGGACCGCCUCGUGCCCCUCUUCGUCCAAGGGGAUGGCCACUGCUUAGUGCACGCCAUCUCGCGCGCCCUGGUCGGCCGAGAACUCUUCUGGCACGCGCUCCGAGAAAACCUCAAGCGCCACUUUGUAGAGUUCCUGCCAAGGUACCGAGCGCUGUUUAGCGACUUCAUAGCGGCUAACGAGUGGGAGGACAUCAUCAACGAAUGUGACCCAGAGUUCACACCACCGGAAGGUGUACCGCUAGGUCUGCGUAACGUGCAUGUGUUCGGGUUGGCUAACGUGUUGCGUCGCCCCAUCCUGCUGCUGGACUCCCUGAGUGGCAUGAGGAGCUCCGGGGACUACAGCGCCACCUUCCUGCCAGGCCUGGUAGCGCCCGAGAACUGCAGAUCACGCGGCGCCACCGACAAGUCCCGGAGCGGAGGUGGAGGAGGAGGCCCAGGGCUGUUGAACAAGCCCAUCUGCCUGGCCUGGAGUAGCUCGGCCCACAACCACUACCUGCCAUUGGUCGGUGUGAAAGAGGAGGGGCCGGACCAGGCCCCGCCCCCACGUCUCCCCGCCCACCUGAUCCCCAAGGCCUGGGGUGUUCCGCAGGAGCUCAUUGGCCAAUACCUGGACCUGGACCUGGCAGGAGGCGGGGCCAAAGGGGGCGGGAGAGGAGAAGGAGGAGGAGGAGGGGGCUGUGUGAUUGGUGGAGAGAGGUCGUUGGGCGACGCCUACCUGAGGCGAUUGGCCACAGCCAUGGACGAGGUGUUUGAGGAGAAGCACGGCAUCCCAGCAUCCCUAGUGGCCGACGUGCAUCACUACAUCUUCCUACGAGGCCCUAAUGGAGGCGGGACCGGAGCAGCUCGACGGAGCGGAUCGAGCGCUGUGGUUGGUGGAGUCUUGACCCCGCCCCCAACGCCCCUCACUCCAACCCCACCCAACCCGACUCUGGACGAGGUGACGUCGUCGUCACGGCGAUGGCUUGAGGAGGGCCGGCUGUACCGGUGUCUGAACUGCGCCGGGGUGGCCAAACUGGGCGUGGCCAAACUGGGCGUGUCCUCCAAGCUCCACGGGGGACCCAGCACUGACAUGGAGGAGAGCAACAACGCUAAUCUGAAGCCGGACGGUCCUUCGAGCCCGCGGCACCAGCAGAGGCAACCCGCCACCGGACUCUCCUCAUCAUCCUCUCUGUCGGCCAUGACGACCUCACCAUCAAAGUCAACGUCAAAGCCGAAUCUAUCAGACUGCCGAAGCGCGAGCUACGACUCCGACGCCAAGAUGGACUACGGCGCUCGCCGAAUGUGGGCCGAAAGCCAGCCAAGCCCGGCCCAGACCAGCAAAGACAUGGAGUCCACUAUCAGAACCAGCGGUAGUCGGGACUUCGACCAAAUAUCAACCGAAUCUCAACCCACCUUAACGCCGCCUUUUUCAACAGAGUCUUCUAUGCUGAAGUCAUCGACGAGCGGAAGUGGUGGCGCCAGCAGCUUCCUGAGCCAGAUGUCAGCCGAGUCUCAGCCGGCGUUCCUGGCCUCCUGCCCCGCCUGCCACUCCGGAGCCCUUCGUCCAAUCACAGCGCCCGGCGGCGAGGUGGCCUAUCGGGACGGAGAUCGCACGGCCACGGCCAGCUCCGGGGGGAGGUGUGGCUGCGGCUUCAAGCACUUCUGGGCAGGUAAGGAGUACGACAACUUGCCGGAGCUGCUGCCAGUCAACCUGGAGUGGGCGGGGCGAACGGUGCGCGAGACGGUCUGCUGGUUCCAGCACGAGUCCGACCCGAGUCUCAACAGCAACGCCUACGAGGUGGCCGGCCGCUUGGUGGACACGCAUUUCCCCGGCGAGUUCGGAUCUGAGUUGCUCGUCCAGAAGGUCGUGUCCUCCAUCUUGCAGCAGACGGCCGUCGCAGACGUAUCCCAUGGUCCUUUGCUGUCCUCGUUCUGCAACUCCGCACAAAGUGGAGGACCAGGAAGUGCUGGCGGGGAGAGGGGAGGGGCCAACACAUCUCCCAACCAAUCACAACAGCAGCAGCAGCAGCAAGACCCGCCCUCCAAGAUCAUCCUGAUUGGCCCGAAGAGUCGAACGCUGCACAAGGAGGAGUUGACCAUGAGCAAAGCAGAGAUGCAGGUUAGGCAGAGCAUUCGGGAGCACGCCCCACACGCCCAGAGGCAAGCCCACCAAUCGCCACCCAGGGGAGGAGCCAAAACAGGAAGUGGUGCCAAGGGAGCUCCACCCACCACGCCCAUAAAAGAAGCCACGCCCACCAGAGCUCCUCCCGCCCCCAGUGCUGAGAAGAAGAGCCGUGUCACCACGACAACCACCGCUUCCAGUCAAGCCACACCCACCUCUGCCCAGACCACACCCACCAAGGCCCCGAUUGGCCAGAAGAAGAUCCGCGUCACCACCAGCGACGGUCGCCAGGCGACGCUCACCCUCCCUGAACGGACCAAUCAGGCGCAGCUGAAGGCAGCGGUGGCUGAGCACUUUGGGGUGGAGCCAGAGCGCCAGCGAAUCAGAGUGGGCUUCCCCCCUAAGCUCCUCCCACAGGAGGCGGGGCCAGACGCACCGGUGCCUCUGCAGCACGGCGAGCGAGUCAGCGUGGAGGUCCUACCAGCCGAAGAAGAGAUGAAUGGAGGAGGAGGAGAGGACGAGGGGAUGAGGAGAGGAGGGAGAAGAGAGGGAGAGAGAGAUGGAGACGGAGGAGGAGAAGAAGAAGAAGGUUUCAGCCUCCAGGACAACAUUGACCUGGAAAUGUCCUCGCUGUGCCUACUGGCCACACUUAUGGGUGAGGACGUGUGGUCGUACGCCAAGAAGCUGCCUCACCUCUUCCAGCCGGGCGGAGUCUUCUACAACAUCGUCAGGAAGGACAUGGGUCUGUUGGACGGUAAACACUGUUCGCUGCCGCAGCUUCCCGGCCGCGUGUUCGUCUACAGCGCGCGGGACGACCGACUGGAGUUGUGCGCCGACACGGCCGGCCACUUUCCCAUCAGCCCCUGCGUGGACGAGCUGGCCAAGGGCCGCGGUAGCCGAGAGGGAAGCCCCUCCCACCACCACACCCCCACUCGAUUGGGCAGUGGCAGCCUGGGGGGCGGGGUCAAGAAGAAGAGGCCGGCUAACCCUGGAGGAGGAGGAGGAGAGGAGGCGGGGCCAGGAGUCUUCCAGGGGAAAGGCCAUUGGCUGGGGUCAGGGAAGGGGGCGUCGCCCAGUGCCAAGGCCACGGCCCCUCCACCAAUCACGCGUCAGCACAGCAGCGGGGUCGACCUGAGUGGCAGUGCCAAGGCCACACCCCCUAGUCUGGGCUCUCUGGGUGACUUGUCUGCCACCACCUCCCACAUCCACCGGCGAUCAGAGUUGGUGCGUCUGGCUCCGGGCGUCGUGACGGCCACCUCCUCCUCUUCCUCCUCUUCCUCCUCCACCUCCUCCACCGUACCCCCUUCCUCCUCCUCCUUUGACAGGUCGACGGGAGUCGGGUUCGAUGGCAGCGCCGGUGGUCGGAGCGGCUACGUAGACCUGGAUCCCAUCGCCGUGGCAACCCAACGUCAGCGGCUCCAAGAAAUGGUGUCUGCGAUCCAGGCGUCCAUGGACAAGCACAGUGCAACUGCGCAGGCCAUGCGCACCACCAACACCACACACAGUGCUGCUACUACUACUGCUGCAACGACGACGACGACGACGACAAACCUACGCUCACCGUCUGAUGACGAUGAGGAAGAGGACGAGGACGAGGAGAUCGACGAGCCCAUGGACGAGUCGUAACACGAUCGAAAUUGAUCAAUGGAUCAAUCAUUGCAUGGACGAAUCGCAACAUUUGGGGAGGGGGGGGGUGUCGAAAACGCGCUGCAAGCUAGCCAGGCUACAUAUGUGAAAUCGUAAUACGGUUGGCCGACAGGCCCAUUAGCAUAUCUCAUCAUUAUACAUCCGGGCCGACGAUUGGCCGACAGCGGUCAUUAACAUUUAAAAUCGCUUGGUUGACUGUGCUCACAAACAUAUUAGGUAUGUACAUACAGUAUGUCAGUAAUGCGAUCAAUUUUGGGGGGCUUUCAAAAACACAAUUCACGCUACAUUUUGUCGACGGAGGAAUCACAACUACAAAAACGGCCUCCUCAGGCAGCCUAAUGUGUAGCCUUUUCUCCCAUUUAAACCCAUUAUAAUAUGUGGCUAGUAAACUACAAAAAUGCCCCCCUCAGUUAGCCGAGUGUGUUAUGUAGUCAUUUCUCCCAUUGAAACCUGUUGAAGUCGUGGCUUUUAAAACUACAAAAUUGGCUGAUUGGCCAUUCGUUGGCCCCGAUGUGUAAUGAUUGGCCAAUGGUAAUGUAUAAAUGCUUGAUUUAAAAUAUGUUAA